GUGUUGUUUUGUUUGUGUUUUUUUUUGUUAAAUCCUCACAAAAUUUUAGUAUAAAACCUUAACAAAGCCUGUUUUAUUUUAUCUAACUGUAGAACUGAACAGACAGACCAACAGUAGAAGGAGUAGCAACCUUUUCGUUUUAGUGUUUAUGGCCACAGCUAAAUGCAUUCACGUAAACUCAACUUCCGCACCGUGUAUUCAAGAAGAGUCACCAUCAUUUACUUUCGCAACACCAUCGCCGUGAGAACGCAGCCCAGAUGGCACGGAGUCUGUACUAGACUUCCAGCGCGUUUCAGCCCUUCAGAGCAGCUCACAGGAAGGAAAAGACUGCGGUUUGCUUCUGCUCAGAAAAGUACAAGACGGUUCAACGUCAGUGGCCACUCCGUCUCGGCUGUGUGCAAGGGGCGCGGCGUGGAGGGCUGGAGACCACAGCUGAAGCGCCGUGCAGCACAGGAACCAGACCAGAGCUGAAAGAUGAAGCUUCUACUCAGCAGCCUGCAGUUGGCCUCUCUGUGCGCGCUCUCGUCUUGGAGUGUUUCUUCAGAGGUCGUCGUUCGCCAAAGUAAAGACGUCACAGUUGAGGAAGGAGCUGCAGCUAAAAUCUCCUGCUGCAUUGAGGGGAUUGGAUGGAAAAUAGUUACCUGGCUGAAAAAUCAAAGUGUUAUUGAUACGCAGAGGUUAAACGAGGCUAAAUGUUCAUUCUUAACAUUAGAGAACAUCACAAAAGAUCACGAAGGCACUUAUUUCUGCAAAGUAACAAAGGACAUACCAAUUUUAGAAACACUGUAUGGAAAUGGAACCGUCCUCACAGUGAAAUUUAAAAACGAGACAUCACAGAAACAAGAGAUUGGAUCUGGCGAUGCUUUAAAUAACGUUCCAUUAUUCGCUGUGAUUGCCGUGGCACCGAUACUCCUCAUCGCUCUCAUCUGUGUAAUCUGUCAGCGAAGAAAACGAGUCCAAGCCGCCAGAGUGAUCUACGAGGUCCCGCAUUUUGACUCCGAGACACCAGACCCGGACAAAGGCAGCACGGGAUCUAGAGGCUCCUCUCAGUGGUGCCAAGUCCCAGUGUACGAGUCCUUUGACUACUUCGAACACACGGAGGCCAAGAAAAGUGGAUAAGAAUCGGAUACUCCUCUCCCUACUGUGCAAGAUUAUUUAGUUUCGACAGAUUUUGAAUUUUAAACGUCACUGAAUUUCAAAUCAGAUCAAAUCGAACUUUAUUUAUAGAGCGCUUUUCAUACAUAAAGUGCAAAUUUCUCACUCAACUCUGAAAAAAAAAUUUUUAUUCUGAAUUUGAGUUGAUAUUCAGCACAAAUAUUUUCAAACACUCAAAUUCAGUCAAAAUUCAAAGUUUAAAAUUUGCUGUGAAAAUCUGAAUCUGAAUUUUGAGGGCUUGAAAAUAUCCGUGCUGAAUAUUUAAAAGCUGAAAUUUUUAUUCUGAAUUUGAAACCUAUUGAAAAGUAUACUUAAAAUUUCAGUAACUAACUAAAAUAACUCUUAAAUAAAUAUUUUUUCAGAGUUAAAAAAUUCAAAGCGGCAUUUAAAAUAAAAAAAAUCUAAUGGAACAAAUUAUUUUCCGUUACUUUACCCUGUACUUUUAAUGUGUAUGUAAAUGUGUGUUUAUUGUUGUAUGAAUUUUCCAUGCCUGUAAAUAUUUCUCAAUAAACGUUUGUCAUUUUUUUUGUUCCCCAA